CUACGAUCAAAACCAGGGGUCAAAAGAAUAGGUAAAUUUCCUAAUAUAAAAUUCAGCUGUCAAAAGUGAAAACAUUAAUGCUUGAAUAAAAGAAAAUAUAAAUAAAAUCAAACUAAUUUUUAAGCAUAUCCCAAUGUAAAUAUAAUUAAGUAAUGGUGCAAAAGUGGUUAAAUUAAAAGAAAAACUUAACUUUCUCAAAGUAGAAGUAAGUUAAUUUUUAGUCAUCAGCGGCCAUUACUGGAUAAAUAGGUAAAAAUGUUUACAAAAAAAUCGCAUGCUGAUGUGAAAAAAUCUACACUGAAAAUUCAGGAUUAUAAAAAAGAUUCUGCAACGAGAUUAAGGCAUUUAAAAACAAUAUUAGAUUUCGUUGAUUUGGAUGAAGCAAAAUCGGUUUUUGAAACGAAUUAUAGUCAUGUGUAUUAUAUUUUAUAUGAUACAUUUGUACAGGCUGAAGCUAAUUUGAAGCAGAGAGAACUUCCUUUUCAUAUUGUGCACAAGGCUCAUAAAGAAGAAUUAGAAGGAUCCUUAUGGUUGUUAGGUAAAAUAUUGUGCUUACUCCCAGAAUUACUAGCUCGUCGUUGGCAAUGUCAUUCACUAAGUUUAAUUAUUGGAAAACUACUUCAUCCAGGAAAUAGCGCAAAACUACGAAAAGAGGGUGUAAAGUAUUUCUUGCUUUGGUAUCAAGCUCUUGGUAGAAAUGCUCCACCAUAUGUACAUUCUAUGUUUUCUGAGCUAGUGCCGGGGCUAAUUAUACCUCAAAAAGGUUUAUCCGGUCCUUCUUCGGAGGUAGAAUUUAACACCCCAGAUUUUUUAAGCCAUCCCAAUAUGAAGGGAGAACUUGGCGGUUCAGUUUUUCAUGAUAACUGCGUUCAUCCCGUACAGUGUGGCGAAAAAGGUCCUCUUCUACCACCAUCGUCAAAUGAAAGAUCUGCCCCAGAUCCGCGUGAUGGUUUGGAUAUUUUACUGACCUCAAUGGUUCAUACAACAGCCUGUUUGAAAUGGCGUGAGCAAAGUACACAGCGUCAUAUGAAGUGUUUCGAAUUCUUGUUGGAACGAUUUAAAGAAGUCUAUCUAACAGUUUUUUGUCCGCAUUUUGAUAUUAGAACUUCAAUCUACGAACCAAAAUUAGAUUUACCUUUGAUCAGAACAACUAGUAAAAAAGAUGAAGUUAUGUCAUCUUGCAUUGUCGUUCUCAUAAAUUGGUUAUCAAGAUUUACUCAUGAAAAAUUGUUAAACAGUCGAUUGGAGCAUGUUCAAAUAGAAGAAGAAGAAUAUUCAACUCUACUGGCCAACCCUCGUUUUAUGGCAUACGCACAAGGAAUAAUUGUACGAGAUGUAUUAUAUAUGAGCAGAGAAAAUGUGAAUUUUGUCCAUGAAGUUUAUCGGCAAGCAUUUUUACUAGGUUUUUCGACAAAAUCUCAAAUUGAGGCGAUUCGAACUUGUAUUGCAGUAUAUAGGGAUUGGAUGACAGGUCAACCUCCUCCUCCAUUUUUAUUAGAACCAACUGAAGAAUUUAUUAAUAGAAAAUCUACCGAAAAUGGCACUGCAGUUAAUCAGAGAUUGCGUACUGACUCGUAUUUGGGUGCAAUUUCUAAAGAAAACUAUUCAGUGCGUGCUGGUUUACAAAAUGUUUUACAAGUUUUUGUAACAAACGCUUCAAAUGUAUUUUUAAUAAACACGGCGCAUCUCAAUAUUGUUUUUCCUUCAAAAUCUCGAGAUUAUCGUUCAUCGCCGCUAAAUGAGCAAACAGAUAUAUGUAAAAAAGUUUUGAAUGUUUAUCGAACUAUGGUUAUGAAUACACGCAUGGAACCAAGAACUUGGGAGCAAUUAUUGCUAGUUCUGUUACAAAUAACUUCAGUAAUUUUAAGUCAACCACCACAAUCUAAAUCAGCUAGUUUAGGUGGUCGGCUUGGGCAAGCAAUAUUUCAAACAUUAAUCGUUACUUGGAUUAGAGCACAUACAAACGUUCCUGUAAGCCCACAGCUUUGGGACAAAUUUUUAGGAGUCUUAACCAAUUUAACUUAUCGAGACGAGUUGAUAAUAGAGUGGGACAAAACAAUGCAAACAUUAACGAGAGUCUUAGCAAGAUACGUCUACAAUUUGAACCUGCAAGAUUUACCUCUAGAUCGUUUAGCGGAAAGCAAAGGAAAGAGACGUCGUUUUGGAAGUGUUUGGCAAAGUACCGGAAAUAGUCGUGACGCUCGAACUGUAGCAGCUGAUAAUCGUAAACCAGAUGAAGAUUCCCAAAUUCGGGAUGAAAAUAGUGCUGGUGUACCUUCUUUACAAAGUCAGCAUUCUGUUCCAGGACGAAGUGCUCCUGGAACUCCGGCCUUAAAUCGUAGUUACAGCGAAGGGUCUUUAGCAUCGACUGUCAUGCAUGGAAAUAGGAAGAAUCGUCUUCAUAAGCAUCGUAUGAAACAUUCGAGCAAAGUACCAACUUUAUCAAGCAGUGUUGAACACUCUUUGAAUUUAAUAUUAGCUCAAAAUAAUUCGGAAACAGACUUUAGUGUUAGUGUAGAAACUUUGAGUACAAAUAAAGAAUCUCAGAGUUGUGUUCGUAAAAGCACGCUUGAAAAUAGAAGAGAGACAUUCCGUAGAGCAAUGUCUUUAGAUUCUUUGCAUAUAAAAAAAACAGCUAACUGUGAAAAUGAACUUAACGUCGAUGAUGAAAAUGAAAGUGUUCAUGGUUCCCGAAGUCCUUCACCCACUGCUUCUAGUGGUAUUGAAGGCGGUUCUAUUAAAGAUUCCCCUAUUCAAAUCGAUUGUUUAGCAGUAGAUAAUUCCAGUGUUGAUACUCAAGAGGAUAUUGGAAAUUCCUUAGACAGAAGAUCGAUAAUAUCAGGUGGAACAGCAACGGGUUGGCUGCCAGAUUCUGCUGCCAUUAUGUGGAAGAGAAUGUUAGGUUCAUUAGGAGACGUAAACAAAAUACCCAAAUCAGAACUGCAUGCGCAAGUUUUUAAGCAUUUAGUUGACAUGACAAUUAAUUUAAUUAAAAUUAAACAAAAUCAAGGUAUAUCUCAUGACAAUCAAAGUACACCCGCUCCUCCCUCACUGGUUCCACCAAUUGGAAUAGUGUCUCCUUGGUGUUAUGGCGCUUUGAAACUAGAUUCGCAGUUCAAAAAAGGGAAGUUAUGGGCUGUUCAAUUACUAUGCAUGUUAGUCGUUAAUGGAUCCAUAACUACUAUAAGCCAGCUAUCUUUGUUUUACAAUGUGUUACAUAAACUAUUAACUGGAGAGGAUAGGGAUAUGAUAUAUGUAAUAUUAAAGUACUUGGAAGGUCCACGAUUUUUAAGUAUUUUGUUACCUGGACACACGUUGCUGUAUUUGGAUAUAGUCCAUGCAUCUGCAAUUUUGUUAACUUCUUUUGAAACUGGUCGUCAUACACCAAGGGCCGAAGUCGCUUCACUUUUAGGGUCCUUAUUAUGUUACCCAGCAUCCGUCAUUCCAAAGCCAGUAUUACAGCCCUCAGAAAAAAUUGAAUUAAUGGAAUGCCCUGAUUUACAAAAUCAUGUUCUUAAUAUAAUCCUAAGAUGUGCCCGGCGUGAACCAUCUUCGAAGGCACGUUGCAUUGCUUUAGCUCAACUUGGUCAGUGGAUCUUGCAAAAAUUAUCAGGUCCUUUGUUAACAAAAAAAGGGUUUUUGCAAAAUAUUCCUCAUAAAGCAAAUAGUCCUGUACGAGAGUCGCGCCAUUUCAAUCCACGGAUAAAGGAGGUUGUUCUUGUUUUAUUGCAAGCUUUGCAAUUCAAACAUAGAACUAUUGCAAUUGCAGCUUGUAACUCUUUAAAAAUUUGUGCAGAAAGAGCAAAAGAACUAGCAUACAUCGAAAGAUUACCACAUUUAAUUAUUAAAGCGAUAUGUAAAGCCUUAGAAAUUCAAAACGUAUCCAAUCCUAAAGAGGCUGAUAAAACUGUUAUAACAUCUCUUAUUUUGUGCCUUGGUGAAUUUUGUAUGGCGUUUCCAUCGGAUUUACUUACUCAAUCAACUGAUGAAAAUGAUGAUAUUUUAAUAUUGACAGUUUUAAAAACCCUACAUGUAAUAGCCUCUGGUUCACGAAAUGAUAGGAUCAAGCUGUUGACAGCUGAUGAAGAUUUCGAUAUGACAAUACUAUGUGAUGAUGUAGACAAUGAAUUUAAAUCUAGCACUGAAGCAAAUUAUCAGACAACUGAAACAAUACAGAACUGUGUGCAAGCAAUUCGAUUAUGUGCAAAGGGCGUUGCAAUGCACUUAUUUACACAUUUAGGUCACUUUCCAAUGGGAAUCGGUGCAUCUCGACUUAGUUCAAUGGUUGAAGAGCAAGAUGAUGUGCAAUUAAAUUUAUUACAAAUGACGACAAAUGUAACUCUUCAGGAAGAAAGAAGGGAUUCAGUGGAUUUGGGAGCACCUCAAGUACUAAAUGCCCAAAAUAUCCAAAUUUUCAUGUUAAAUAAUGGAUUAGUUUCAAGUUUUGUGGAAUUACCAGCCUUAAAACUACCAGGUGGCGGAGCUACUGCUGGAUUAGUGACUGCUGAGAAACAGGUGCGUGUUUUGCUUCGGGAUUUAAAUGGAAAAGCAUGUUGGGAUGCAUCAAUUUUGUAUAGUGAACCCAAAGGAUCUAGAGUAACUAACAACUUAAAUAAUGCGGGAGCUAUGCCAAUUGAUAGCGCGUAUGGUCAUUUUCAAAUUGGAAGUAAUUUUAAUAGCAAAAUGAUGCCAAAUUCAAGCGUUCCUCUGGAUCCAUUAGUUUCUACGAUGGUUGGAAUGGAAAUUUCCGUUCCAAGACAUACAUUGAGACAUCGACCCCCAAAUGAGUUACCAUUGGCUAAAGAUAUUGCUCCGGAUCUUGAUCAAUUAGAUGAUCUCUUGCAAUACAUUGGGCACACAUCUCCAGAGUGUCUUUCCGGCACUACUACUAAUUUAAAUAUGCCAGGUCCAAGUCCUUUAGGUGCACCUACAGAGGCGCAAGCCAUUUCAAUAAUAUUAAAUCAACGAACUGUUGAACAAGAGUAUGUUCAGAGACAAAAUCAAAAUUUAUUAUUGCAAAGAGAACGUUUGCCUUCCUUUCAAGGAAGUGUGUCUGGGGGUGUUCCAGACGGUGCUUCGUUAUCAUCCCUUUCUUUUGAAUCAUAUAAUACAUCAGUUGGAAGCUUAUCCAAAAAUGAUGUUGCCUUCCAAUAUUGCCGACUUUUGUUUAGCCAUCUUGGUUUAGCUGGAUGGGAAAGACGUCAACACACCUAUUUGCUAAAACGUACUGAAAAGCUUUUACGCGAACUUCGAAAUGUUGAUUUACAGAAAUGUCGUGAAACACACAAAAUGGCUGUGAUAUAUGUAGGAGGUGGGCAGGAAGAUAAAAACAGUAUUUUACGGAAUUCAUGUGGUAGUAGUACUUAUGAGAUGUUUGUGUCAGCACUUGGGUGGGAAAUUGAAUUAGAAACUCACAAUGGUUUUUUGGGUGGACUCCCAAGACAAGGUUGUGGCGCAACGGCUCCAUAUUAUGCAACACCUUUUUUGGAAGUUAUUUUUCACGUAGCUACACGGAUGCCAACAGAUUCUCCAGAAGCUAUUCUAACGAAAACGCGACAUUUAGGUAAUGACGAAGUUCACAUCGUUUGGAGCGAACACCAUCGUGAAUACCGAAGGGAUAUAUUACCUACAGAAUUUUGUGAUGUGUUAAUUGUAAUAUAUCCACUAAAAAGCGGUUUAUUUCGUAUUACUGUUAAUAGAAAACCAGAUGUCCCUUGGUUCGGACCUUUGGCAGAUGAAAGUGUUAUUAGCGGAGCAUGUCUAGCUAGUUUAGUACGAGCAACCGCUAUAAAUGCUGGCCGAGCAAAGCGUUCUUCUUUACCGUUUUACCAACAAUUCUAUGAAGAACGUAAUAGAUCGCUUGAAGCAGUAUCUUCACGUUAUAAAGAUAGUACAACAUUUGAAGAAUUUGUGGCUAGAAUAUAUAGCCCAAUUCCAAGCACACAAUCUUUAGGUGGAAAUAAUGCUCCAUUAGCUGCAGCUUUAAUUGAUCAUCACCGAUCAUCGCUCAAAGGAUGGCUACAAAAUUCCGAUGCUAAUAUGAAAGAUAUUACCCAAAAUCAAAUGAUGGCAAAUUCAAGUCAAAAUUCUUCGGCUUCCGUUGAUAUACCAUCGCCAAGACCGUCUAGAAAAUUACAUCCAUUCAAGUCAAUGCCAAAGAAAUCAUUGCAACAAGGUGGAACUCCGCCAGAAAGUCCCACAUUACCAGGACGCAAAUUUAAAUGAGCUUGAAAAAGAACAAAUGACAAAGAAAAAAUAUUUGAUAUGAAUAAUUGAUUAGCCUAUAGUAUUUUUUAUUAACUAUUAUUGUUAUAUAUUAGAGUCUUUUCUCCUCGACAUUAAAGCAUUUUAAUUUAUUAACAUUCCAAAAAAAAUAAAAAAAAAUAAAAAAAAAAAAUUAAAAAAAAUUCUCUAUAAAAAUACAAUAAACAAAAAUAUAUUGCUGUAAAGUAUAAAUUUUCCGAUCAGAAUAAAAAACAACGUAAAUUUAAUUGCAAUAAUUUUUAUUAAAUAAUUUUAGUAACAAAGAAUAUUAGGAACAAAAAAUAUAUAUAUAUAUAUAUAUAUUGCGUAACAUAAAAAUUAAUUUAAAAAUUUAAUAUAAAUUGUAGUGCGUAUGUAAGUCAGUAACUAAUUUAUUAUCUAAAAAAAAAACCUUUAUUUUAUUAGAAAUUUAAGUGCUCACAAAUAGGUUCAUUCAUGGUGAUUAUGAACUUUACAAAUUCAAUGUAUACACAUUAUAUAUAAAAAAAUAUAUAAGAUUUUUGAUACACACAAUGUACAACUUUUCUGAAAAAUUAAAAAGUUACGCACUACUUAAUACGUAUACAUAUGUUUAUGUAGACAUGUGUACAUAAUAACAGAAAUUUAAAAAAUUGACCGUUACUUACUUGUUUUAUUUUACUAAUCUCUGUCAAUUUAAAGAAAAUUAAUUAUAUUUAAACAUGUAAAAAAACGAAAAAGAAAAAAAAAGCAAGUUAACAAAAUGUAUUUAUUAACUUUUUAUCUGUU